AUGUCUCUUGGUCCUCAUCAACCAGGCCCUGGUGGGAACCAGAAACCUUUCAAAAUCAUCCCCAGCCCGUUCGCAGCCUCCCACCCCACCACCGAAUCCACCUCGCCGUCUAACCGAACCACCCCACAACGCAACGUGAAGCCCCUCUUUCGUAUCUCAACCACCUACUCGACCAUCGCAGCCAGAGCUAUCUCAUUCCAACGCCAGCUUCUCACUGGUAUCACGCCCCAUCAACUUGCCCAGAAUGGUCUCUACCACCAAGUUCGCGCCGGAGUGGGCGACACCGCUUGUUGCUUUACCUGUGAGAUCAUGGUCCCGCUGAAGGCCAUCCAGGGAAACCCCACCGGCAAUUUAUCGAAAAUACACAAAGAAGACUGCUUAUGGCAAGUUAUCUGCCACGACCUUAAACCAUUCCUACCGUCUCCAUCUAAUCAUACCGGUACGCCCUCUUCCGCAACCCGAUCUACUCAAAUCACCGCCCUCGAAUCCAACAUACGACCGGAACCUCACCCAGCUCCAACUGCUCCUACACCCGUGAACCAAGCGGAAACCGAUCUCGAGUCUCCUGCGGAGUCGUCACCCGCCAGACUCGAGACAGAACCGUUAGCAUCGCGACCAGCCACAUGUCCUCCACAACCCAUCCAACUCACCCGCCAGACUCGAGACAGAACCGUUAGCAUCGCGACCAGCCCCAUGUCCUCCACAACCCAUCCAACCAACCCCGACAACUACCUCUCCCCUCAAAUGCCAACAACGUACCUACGCCUCUGUUCUCCAACAACCUACUAG